AUGAAUAGCAGCGGUCAUAUUUCUAUUCCAAGUACCGCCGCUACAGGUGGUGGACAACAAGGGUUAUCACCUGGAAUAUCGGGAGGAAGCAACCCUCUCAUACACAGCAACAUAUCGACAACCACACCGACACUGUACCAACAACAGCAACUUCAAAACCAACAACCAAACUAUCUCAAUACAUUUGAAGGUUCCAUUCCCUUGAUGGAUGCCCUCGAUGACUCUCCCCAAUUCAAAAAGCAAGUCAAAGACACUGAGCUCAACAUUGAAGAUUUGGGUUCAGGUAUCAAAAAGAUAUUAAAGAGUGCAAAACAAAGUUGUGAAUUGGGUAUUGAAUACAACUCAUCAUUUAAAUCAUUUGCUGAUGGUUUGUUGGACUAUAGAUUGGAUGCAAAGGUAAAUGAUGAACUAUUGGAAAAGGGAAUGAUUAAAUUCACAAACGCAUUAAAAGAGAUUUGUAAUUAUAGAGAAGUAUUGCACUUUGAAAUGGAAGCAUUAAUUCAUAAUCCAUUACAAGAAUUUGCAGAAAAUGAUUUGAAACAAGUCAAAGAACACUAUAAGAAAUAUGACAAGUAUAGUCAAUUGCACGAGGUUGCAGUUGGUAAAUUGGGACAGAUCAAAAAGAAGAACAAUAGCAAGAUUGAAGAGGUCGGUCAAGAGGUAAACGACAUUUACAAAUCACGUGUUCAAUAUGGGUUGGAUAUGGUCGAAAAAAUGAAUGAAGUACAGGCACGUAGACGAUUCGAAUUCCUCGAGUUGUUCUUUGUCUACCUUCACGCACAAUCCACCUUUUUCCACCAAGGUUAUGAAUUAUUCCGUGAUUUGGAACCACACAUGAGAAUCUUUUCAACCUACCUACAAUCAACUAGAAAACACUAUGAAGAUGAAAAGAAAAGACAAACUCAUGAUAAAAAGGAAUUAAUUGGUAAAACAUUAAGUUCAGCAUCACCAACUCAAUCACAUCCACCUGGAAGUCCUGUGAAUGGUGGUAUUCAUUUUAUGCAGAAUCGUACCAAUAAUAGUUUGUCAAAGAAAGGGUAUUUAUUUAAGCGAUCAGAUUACUCUUACAGCAGACGUUUCUUUUCAUGUGAAGAUGGUAAACUAUCAUACUAUCGUAAUGGAAAUGAAACAACACCUUCACAUGUAUUUGAUCUAUUCUUGACGACCGUUAGAAUGAGAGAGGAUCUCGAUCGUAGAAAUUGUUUCGAAGUACUUUCUCCAGACCGAUCCAUCAUCCUUCAAGCAGAUUCUCAAGAAAGUAUGAUGGAAUGGAUUCAAGUCAUUCAAAAUUCUACUGCCAAUUUAUUAAAUAAUAUUUCUCCAAAAGAUUCAAAACCAACAAGUAAAUUACAAACUACAACCUCUGGUAAUAAUAUUGCAAUCACAUGUAAUAAUAGUAACAGUCAAUACAAUCUAAUGAAUAAUGUAAUAAUUGAUGAUAAUGAUACGCCACUCACCAUUCUUAGAUCGUUGGACCCUUCAAAUACCGUUUGUUGUGAUUGCAAUGCAAAGGAUCCCGACUGGGCAUCCAUUAAUUUUGGAAGUAUUGUUUGUAUAGAUUGUUCGGGCAUUCACAGAGGUUUGGGUGUACACAUAACAAAAGUUAGAUCUUUAGUAUUGGAUAAAUGGGAACCAGAAUUAUUAAAUAUGAUGAAAUGUAUAGGAAAUGAAAGAGUAAACAAAAUAUUUGAAUCAAAUGUACCAGUAGAUAGAGUAAAACCGACGAUAAACAAUACUUUUGAUGUUCGUUCAAGAUGGAUUCGAGACAAGUAUGACAAACGAUUGUUUGUGUCGUUUAUUGAACGACCAUUGGAAGAGCUAAACAAGAUGUUGUACAAGGCGGCUGGAGAGAGCAACACCUUUUUGCUACUAGAGUUGAUUGCAAGUGGCGCCGAUCCAAAUUCGUUGGCUUUGGAUCAAGGCUCUAAUUCAUUCAAAACACCUUUGCAUAAUGCCGUAGUCAAUGCACAAUCACAAAACAUGUGCAUGUUGAUUCAAAAUGGCGCGCAAUCUUCGACUCUAGACAGCAACGGAAACACUGGAUUGCAUAUCGCUGCACAGAUAGGCAAUUCCAUUGGAUGUAUAUUACUCAUAAUGAAAGGCGUGCAACUCUUAUCCGUCCCCAACAGGGAUGGCAAAACUCCACUUGAUCUGGCGGUCGAUGCCGGUCAAGUCAGUUGUGUUGCCAUCCUACGUCUUGCUCAACUCCAAAAAGAUGAAGGAAAAUUAAUAUUUGAUGAAAACUUUGCAGAGGUACUACGAGGUUUUUCAAAAGAUAAAUAA